UGUUCUCAAGCUGAGGUCAAAGUUCGUACAAAGUCUGCAGUCGCCACAGAAGGCAAAGCUGACGACUGUACUUUGACCACCAACCUAACUUGCCAUAGUAGUGUUUGGUUUUAUAUUCGUCUUUCUAAACGGUAGGAAUAAAUUUCAACAAAACACAUAUGUCCUCUGCCACCACAAACAUGAGAAGCACAGUAGUAGAGGCCCAGAAAGGGGAUCAGAGUCACCUUUGUGCCAUCGUACGCUUCAAACCUUUGUAACUCACUCACUUUUAGGACUUGGAGAACAACUUCAGUGUCAAAAGAAAGGUCAGAAAGGGUUUGGAAAUACCAGCACAUGAUGGCACUAAAGGGUAUUAAAGUGAUUGAAUUAGCAGGCCUGGCACCUGCCCCAUUUUGUGGCAUGAUUCUUGCUGACUUUGGAGCUAAAGUAAUCAGAGUUGACAAGCCACGUUCACACGUUUGGGAAACUCUUUCUCGUGGGAAGAUGUCCAUCAUUGUGGAUUUGAAAAAAGAAGAGGGAGCAGAAGUCCUUCGUAAACUGUGUCGUACGGCAGAUGUUCUGCUCGAACCAUAUCGCCCAGGCAUCAUGGAGCGACUUGGAUUGGGACCAAAUGUACUAUUAAAAGACAAUCCACGACUGAUCUACGCUCGGCUGUCUGGCUUUGGUCAGUCAGGUCCAAUAGCUACAUAUGCAGGCCAUGACAUUAACUACGUUGCUUUGUCAGGAGUCUUAUCAAUGUUGGGGCGAAAAGGUGAACGUCCUUAUCCUCCAAUAAACCUUUUGGCUGACUUUGCUGGGGGUGGAUUGACAUGUGCACUUGGCAUUGUGAUGUCACUUUUUGAACGUCAAACAUCAGGACAAGGCCAAGUUGUCGAUACAAACAUGGUGCAUGGGUCAGCAUAUGUUGCUACAUUUUUGUGGAAAUCACAAGGUCUGCCCAUAUGGGGUGGACAAAGAGGGGAGAAUAUGCUGGAUGGUGGAGCACCUUAUUAUGACAUCUAUGAAACAAAAGAUGGAAAAUUCAUGUCAGUUGGAGCGCUUGAACCUAAGUUCUUCCAGGAUCUCUUGAAAGGUUUGAAUAUCAGCCCAUCUGAAGCAAAUCAAAUGGAAGACCCAUCAAAGCUACGUGAGAAAAUUCAAAAUGUUUUCAAAAUGAAGACUCGUGAUGAAUGGUCAGCAAUAUUCAGGGACUAUGAUGCCUGCGUGCAACCUGUUCUAGGCAUUGAUGAGGCACCCCUCCAUCCCCACAAUAAAGCCACAAAUGUAUUUCUUCAUAAUCCUGUCAGCAAUCAGAAGGAGCCUGCACCUGCCCCAAAACUGUCGAGGACACCUGGAAUCAACAUUGUGCCUCCAUCUCCCAAGAUAGGAAUGCAUACAGUGGAGGUGCUGAGUGAGGCAGGCUUUGACGCCCAGGAAAUCUCUAAACUGUUGCAGGAUGGAGUGAUUGACACAUACCGUAAAGCCAAUUUGUAGAGAGGGAGUCAUUGCAGCUAUUGGCACUUCCAAAUUUCAAACUGAUUUGCAUCUGAACUUCGCAAAGCUCUAAUAAUAUUGUAUAUGAAAAUGUCUACACUGAUGGACAAGCAGACAAAGUCAUCCAUAAACUAGGAAGUGGUAUCGACAAUAGAUUUACAGAUGGAAAAUCUAUCUCAGCUCCAGGAAGAAAGCCUUGCUUCAGUUUCAAGGGAGAAGUCCUUGUGAUUUCAAAUCUGCAGUAGAACCCAGGCUGUGUUGCCAUCUUCAAAGCCAGCAGGGAAACCCUUUAAGCCAGGGGUGGGGAACCCAGACCCAGGGUCUGUAUAAGACCUGCAAAAUCAUUUGGUCUGGCCCAGCCAAAGCAGCUGCUGGUGAGACUUGAAAUUCAGUAAAUGUGUGAGAUUGUUCCAUAGCAACAUAAAUUUAUGCUAAUUGAAUCAUAAUGUAAAUUUUGAGGGAUAAAUGAGGAAUACUCAUUAUGGGAUAGACAUGACAUACAUGUACAAGAGGCAACAGACACACAUGCUUCUCAUCAGCUGCCCAUGGCCUAUAUGGAUGAUUUUGGAGAAUUAGGCAUGCAUGUGACCUUCACUCCAACCUAAUGAUAGAUAGUUUGAUUGUCAACUUUGCUGUGUACCUCAACGUACAGUUUAGGCCUACAAAUAUCCAAAAUUAUCAUUUCAUGGAUUUCCAAAGGAUGAGCAAAUGAAACUUUGGCGUGUAAAAAUUAUUUUGGAUUGAUUAGUUUAUGUUCUUCAUGUAUGCUUGUGUGUGUAGCAUGUGGACACUUUGUAAAUGCCAUGAACUCCCCCAUCCUGAGGAGGUAUUGUGUGCUAACUAGUCAUUAUUAUUAUGUGUGCUUUCACUACAAAUCGCAAACAAAAUUAUACAUGAGGUAAAAAAGGUUACUAUAUACUGUCUCCCCUUUAAAAACUUCCUAGUUAUAAACAUAUUUUACAGACUCCAAACAGUUUUUCACUAUGCUUUUCUAGGGAGCAGAGCUCAUUUUUCAUACAUCUAAUUAUAAAAUGGCAUCUGUAGUGGUGACUCUGAGGACAGCAGUGCUAGGCAGGCUAAGAUAGUACACAUUGCAAAAGUGUUAACACACUGUGAUGAAACUACAGUUUGACCAAAUAUAAAAGGCUAAUUUUUCAGUUGAUAAUUAAAUUAUGUUUUUUUUAUAUAUAUAUAUAUCAAAAUGGCCCUUGGAGGAAAAAAGGUUCCUCACCCCUGGUCUAAGCCCUCAAAUCGACGGAUCAUCACUCAUUCUGAGCCUCAAAGAGAGAUUAUCAUAUUCAUAUAUAUAUAUACUUUUUAAAAAUUCCACAUUUUAAUAUAGAUUUACAUACACACAGAAAUGUAUCAUGCUGGCAAGUAUUUUCCAGAAGGAAUCUAUAUCCCUGGGUGCCAUUUUUCACAACCUGUGUCCCAAAUCCCUAUUCUAUAUCAAUGUAGAGGGCCGGUAGGCUGAUGAUUGUUGUUAGUUUUUGGCGGGGCCAGCAGUUGAUUGUUAGUUGUUGGCGGGACCUGCUGAGGCAUGGCAAGAGAGGAUACUUAGCAGUGAUUGGCUAGGGUUAAAACUCCUAAUUGCCCCAGCUGUAUAGGAGCAUCGCGGAAAGUUUAGCCUUCCGAGAGGAAUAUAAGGGCUGAGCUGAAACGAAACAUAAGAACAGACAUCAGCAGAUGAGAGCGAGCACAGACAUGUGAUAGUAAGAGACAGCCUGACUUUUAGCACCUCUCACAAUGUAGCACAGCCGUGGCCAUUGCACAAGCUCAUGGAUUAAAGGGUUGCACACCUGC